ACAAUGAAGCAUGUUUUCUCUAAAAAGCUGUAUUGCGAAUAACUACAUAGUAUUAUUUCCUAAUUUGAAUUCAUAUGAGAAAAUUGUACAAAAUAUUAAAAUUUAUUUGAUAAUAAGCGAUUACAUAAAGAGAUGGAUUUGGUCUAUUAAAAUUGUGUUGAUGUGCAAAUCUUAAUAACUUUAGGCUGCUGGCUGCGUUCCAGAACCAUAAGAGUGUGGUUUUGUAACGCUGAACGCUGAACGCAGCACGCAGCCUUGAAACGUGAUAUCAAGCUAAUCAAGCGGAUCUACCGCGACCACUCGCUAACCUAACCUAACCGGUGUUAAUACUGUUAAUGGUUAAAUAUGUGCACGACUGUAAAAAUUUUGGACGGCGGCUUUUCCGGGCAGCUGUCGCGACACGUGGGUGCCAAGAUCGACGGAGACCCGCUGUGGACGGCGCGAUUCCUCGCAACCAAUCCCACUGCCGUGUACGCCACGCACUUGGACUUUUUGCGCGCCGGCGCCGACAUUAUCGAGACUAAUACCUACCAAGCGUCUGUGCCUGGCUUGACAAAGUAUCUGAACAUAAGCGAAUGCAAGAGUCUGGAUUUGUUUGCCACGGCAGUGCACUUGGCUAAGAAAGCUGUGGACGAUUACGCCGAAAAAGAGAAACUCAGUGUCGACGGCAGACCCAAGGUUGCUGGCGCCUGUGGUCCUUAUGGCGCUUAUUUGCACAAUGCGUCUGAAUAUACCGGCUCCUAUGGAAAAACCGUGUCCCGACGAGAACUGAUCGACUGGCACAGACCACGCGUUAAGGCGCUCGUGGACGCUGGUGUUGAUCUGUUGGCUCUGGAAACUAUACCCUGCAUCGAGGAAGCGGAAGCCUUACUGGAGUUGAUGAAAGAGUACCCACACGCUCGUGCAUGGCUUUCAUUUUCGUGCCGAGAUGAUCAGUUCAUAUCGGACGGCAGUCUAUUCCAGGAAGUAGCGCUGCGUUGUUAUCGCACUUUGCCGUCGCAAAUCGUCGCGGUUGGCGUGAACUGCAUCGAUCCGAGGCACGUGACUCCCUUACUACGAGGUAUCAACACUAUCAACGCGAGCGCAUCGUCAAGGCAGGCGCAUCAUCAAAUUCCCUUGGUGGUGUAUCCCAACAGAGGUGGCAGUUUAUCCGCGACCAACGAAUGGACCGCGGUCCCAGAUGAUCAUUCCCUGAAUCUGCCUAUAUCGGAAUGGUUGGAUAUCGGGGUUUCUUACAUCGGCGGUUGCUGCAAGGUCUUUGCCGAAGACAUUAAGACGAUACGAUCGGAAGUGAAUCGAUAUCGAGCAAUGAAAGCACGCCAGCACGGAGUAAUCGCCUGAAUGCAGGCAUAGAGUCUCUUCGUGGUCUCUGCCCCUCAUGCCGAUGCCAAUAAUCUCCGAAUGCCCAUCAAGAUGCAGUUUUUAUAGAUAUCGAUACAUAAACUGGUUAAAAACAAAGAUUAUAACUUUUUUAUUUUAUCGCGUACUACUAAAGAUGGGUGCAUUCAUUACAAAAUGAUUUGCAGAGACAGAGUUUGAAAAUUGCAGUUAAUGCAACAUUUAUUGUUGGAGUUAUGCGGCGGAAACCUUGAUCUCGGUGCACAUAGAUUUAUCAAUAUAUAUCAAGGAUUCGCCUACUAGAUAGGUUUUACCUGCUACGCUGACUUGGACGCUUUCUGUUUCUGUAUCUACGUUAAAUACAGAAUCCCGUGGAAGUUUGGUUUUUCCUUUUAAAAUGUCUCCUGCUACCGGCCUGAUUCUGGGUCCCAAAUUUGGAUCGUUGAACCGAUACAAGACGAUCGAAGCGGGAUCUGAACAAGGAAAAUAUACAAUAAGAAAAUCAUUAAUGCCAACUUGAUUGUUGUUUGUGACACAAUAUCUGCAGCCGUUACAGUCGAAAUUUCCAUGGACAGUUCAAGUAAAUUGCUACAACUUUGAGGAUUAAUAAUACAUAUUGAAACUAUGGGCUUUGCAAAAAAG